GAUCCCUCUGGGAUCUCUUGUUAAACAGAAGCAUAUAUAUAUAUGCAUUAUAUUCUAGUUUGGGUCAAACAAGAGUUUUGUAGGCAUGGUUUUUGAUACCUUGAGAGGGGACUUUAUGAUUGUGGUCAUGUGGUGUAAGAAGUCAAGCGACUGAUUCACUUAAGAAGUUAUUGAAUUAAUUGUUUAUCCCAUGGCCACUAAAGAUUAGCCUGGAUAUUGAUGCCGACGUAUUUGGCAGAAUCUGCGAUUUCUAGGAUGAGACCAUGAAGUGUAUAGGUAGGCGAAGGAGUGAACUAGCAUCUUUAAAAAAUGAGCCGUAUCAUUAUGUUUGUGUUAUAUUAAAGAUCCCUUUGGUCGAUAAUUGAUUAGUCGAAGGCUUAGUGUAUAUAUAUAUAUAUAUAUAUGAUCAUAUGUAAUAGGAAUUAGUAAUGGAAAAUACCCUGCCUGCGCUAGAGCAAAUAUCCCACCACUAUAGCAUACUAGCUAGGCUAAAGGGAAGUUCCCACUAGGCUGAGCUAGUAAAAGUGACCUAUACUCUCCAUGCUUGCACUUAUAGGGUCUGGUGUGUGUCUUUGGGGUCAAAGACUUGAAUGAGGGAGGAAUAUAGCAGACUAUGUUAAAUUCUGGUGGCCAGAGUAGCUCAAAUUGUUAGAGCAUCUGUCUAGAUUUCGGAGGCCCUGGUCUGGUCAUUGCAUUUUUCGUCUUAUUUUACAUUUGGCGCCCAGCUUAAUACUAACAUACAGUUGUAGGUGAUGUAAGGACUCUUGUGCUUCUUUAGGGUCAAAGACUUUGUUGAAGGAGGAAGGAAUGUAAUGGAACUGUACUGGGCUGAAGGUAUACUGGAAUCAGUUCAACAUUUUCGAUUUACCAUGACCAUUUUACAUACCUCUAUGAAGUAGGAUACAGGAAAUGCUGACGAGCGACCAAAAAUGUUGAAGUCCAGAAAGAUCUUUUUUGUAUGCAUAGCAGUUGUGGGCAUUGUGGUGCCGUUGGUGUUUCUGAGUCAAACUACAGGACACAGCUCUCGCAGUAGACGAGGACCCAAGAAGAAAGUUGUUGCUAGAUUUCGGCACAAUGUUUUAGACAACAAUGAGUCAUCAUUAAUGACUUCACUGAAUACCAACAUUCCACCAGAUGUACUACAACGGGAGAGAUUGGCUACCCUUAAGCAAGGCUGCCAGCUGCUUGAGAGAAAGGGUGUGGUUCCCGACAAUGUUACCGCUAGCCAGCUAAGCCAUAUCCUUGUAGAUGACACAUAUCAAGUGAUGUUUUGUUACAUUCCUAAGGUGGCCUGCACCAACAUGAAACGGGUAUUUCUGCUCCUUACGGGUAAAAUGAAUACCACCAAUCCUCUCGACAUCAAAAGCAAUGAUGUACAUUUUACACAUGAUAAAUACUUGAAAUAUCUUAGUGAUUACAGUUCGGAAAUUGAUAUCAAUUAUAGAAUCAAAAGUUACAAGAAAGUUAUAUUUGUCCGAGAACCAUUAGAAAGAUUGUUGUCCGCAUACAGGAACAAAUUUAUGGAGAAGAGUGACUAUUUCCAUAGGAGGUUUGGUCGAAGAAUAAUCAAAAGAUACCGUGAAAACCCGUCUGCGGCUUCCGUUGAGUUGGGAAAUGAUGUGCAAUUUAUAGAAUUCAUUAAGUACAUUACAGAUUCCAAUACAGUUAUGAGGGAAGGAUAUAACGAACAUUGGGCUCAUUACUCUGGUCUGUGCCAUCCAUGUCUGAUUCAGUAUGACUACAUCGGCAAAUACGAAACUAUUGACCAGGAUAUCGACCAGAUUCUCAGGGAUCUACGUAUCGACAAAAUCAUUAAGUUUCCGCCUCGAGGUGCAACCUACAAAAGAAAAAAAACAAAAGACACUAUGGCCGAUUUCUACGGAAAGAUUCCACCAUCUCACUUAAGGUUACUAUGGAAAAUUUAUGUAAAUGAUUACAAACUCUUCGGCUAUCCUUAUCCAGAGGUUUUGAAGCAGUUUCUUCAGGAUGGGCGUCAUACAUGAUACACAUUGUUAACCUAUUACUUUGAACAACCUAUUAUCAUGAAAUGUUUGAGAUUUAAUUUGCCUUCUUUACAUAUAAUUCUCAGUCUUAAUCAAAUAGUGUGUAAAAUUCAAAGGGAUCAGAAUAAAAAAUGGACACAAUAAAUUUGAUGUCGGAGCUCAAAUGUGGUCAGUAUUCAACAUUUGUUUACCAUAUAUUAUGAAAUCCUAUUGAGAACUGGAUUUAAUUUUUAUAUAUUUUGUUUUUUUUUGUUUAAUUUUUGUUCUUUCUUUUUAUUUGAUUUUAUAUUUCAUGCAAGUAUUUAUUAUUUUGCUAAGAAAUCCAUAACUAAGAUGAAUUUGUUUUACUGGUUAUACAUUUUUGUGUCAAUCACAAAACUGAUUAUCUCCCCUGCAUUGAUUCAUUUCCUUAGAAUAUCCUACCAGGAUCAUGUACUAGUGUACUACCAGUAUUGUUUUUGUUUUUGAAAGAUAAACAGGCGUGUUGAAGUAGUUUGACCUUUAAAAUACUUUUUUUUUCAACUUUAGUCUUUUCUUUGUAAAUAAUAUUAUUCUUAUAUUAUUGUUAUACUUGAUUUUUCUGUGAUGAAUAAAACGUCAUUAUUCA